AUGUUUCGCAGAGCUUUGAUCGCCACACCCCGCGCGACUGGUCGAGCGCUAUCGGCUUCAAUUCGACCUGUUGCGAGACCCAAUUCUACCAUCGAUUUCACACCGAUCAGUGUGACUGGGCGACGACUGUAUCAUGAAAAGGUGCUUGACCACUAUUCUAAGCCGCGCAACGUUGGCAGUAUGUCGAAAGCCGAUACCGAUGUAGGAACAGGACUUGUUGGAGCUCCAGCAUGUGGCGAUGUCAUGAAAUUGCAAAUUCGAGUCGAUCCAUCCAACAACACUAUAUCUGACGUCAAGUUCAAAACUUUUGGCUGUGGCUCUGCUAUCGCCUCGUCAUCAUAUCUCACAGAGUUAGUCCGAGGAAUGACUUUGGAGGAAGCUAGUCGAGUUCGCAAUACUGAGAUCGCAAAGGAACUAUGCCUUCCACCCGUAAAACUUCAUUGUUCCAUGCUUGCAGAGGAUGCCAUCAAAUCAGCAAUAUCCAAUUAUUACACAAAAAACCCAAAUGCGCGCUCUACAAGCCUUGGAGGUACGAGUGCGGCGAUGCCAAAAAUUGAUGUCGAGACUGUUAUGGAACCAGCAUCCUCGCACACUGCCGCGGCUUGA